AGCCCUACCCCCGGAAAAAAAUCCUGUAUACGCCCCUGAAUUUUUGUAUCUCCAAAAUAUUCGAAAUUCGACUCAGUAUAUUUUCCAGUUUCGCCUUUAUAAUACGACCUGCUAACAAGGUUUAAACAAUUAUUCUAAAUUGUCUAGAUAUGAAAACCUUGAUGAGUGCUGCUCAGAAUAUUUGGGAGUCCUUGGAUAAGUUAAAAUCAUCAGACCCGCAAAAAUAUCAAGAAGUUGUGGAAGAGUCUAUAAAAGCUGGUUCCGUUCACCAAUCCACUCCUCAGCCUUUCUGUUGUAUUACUGUAAAAACUAAGCACGACGUGUCUUGUUGUAUAAAUUUGCUAAGCUGGGAGCGGGUACAAAAACCAGAUUUUUCAAGAGAAACUCCCUCCCUCCCCAUCUCAGGGGGGAACAGUAUUGUUGUUCAAGGACAGUUUGUUUAUAGUGCUUGUGUGAACCCUGAAGUUUUAACAAACCAAACUUCGGAGGAAUUAGAAAAUGUUCUUCAUUUAGUUUUAAAGUUUGUUGAAUCUGUUAACCCUGGUCUUGAGCUGCUCCCUAAAUUCAGGUUUAGUCUUUUUUCAUCUUUUUUUUAUUUCUUUUUGAAUUUUUCUGCACUAACCUACAAACCAAAGUAA